AUUUCUUCUUCAGAGGCGGUAAAGUUCAAAUUCGUGGGAAGCGUUAGGUAUCUUGUGGGAAGCAAGCGCCUUGGACUGAGAAGCCGGUGGCCGAUCCUAUUUCCGUUUGGAUUUUGGAUCCUAUAGUGACGGGCGAGCCAAGUGAUCUUUCAUCAUGGGGAAGACGGCUACCCAGCAGGUUAACAAGAAUGCCAUCACACUGAAGGGCUCGGCAGAAAUCGUCGCCGAAUUUUUCAAUUUCGGCAUCAACUCCAUACUCUACCAGCGCGGCAUCUAUCCUGCCGAGUCGUUCCGGCCCGCACAGAAAUACGACCUCACCCUGUGGCUGUCACAAGACAAGGAGGUCAACGGCUAUCUCAGCAACAUCAUGGAACAGAUCAAAGUGUGGCUGGAAGCCCGUGUCGUCCAGCGAUUGGUUCUCGUCAUAUCUAACGUGGAUACCAAGGAGGUACUGGAGCGCUGGGAGUUUAUCGUGGCCAACGAGGGAGCAUCGGCGGCGGACGGCUCUGAAGUGACGGGAAAUAAAGACCCGAAGGCGAUUCGUAAAGAAGUACAGAACGUCAUUCGCCAGAUCACUGCGUCAGUGACUUUUCUGCCUCUGCUCGACUGUCCGUGCUCGUUCAACCUGCUGAUCCACACUUCCCGGGACGCCGAGGUACCGGACAAAUGGGACGAUAGUCCGCCGGGCUUCAUUGCUAAUUCGGAGCAGGUGAAGCUGCGAUCGUUCAGUACCAGCGUUCAUCGGGUGGACACGGUGGUGUCCUACAAGUGUGACGGCUGAACAGACUGCCGUCUGGAGGGAGGUGCCAUGGACUUCAGUGCGCGAGGGGCGAGUAUGUAUAUUGUGAAGAAAGGGGAUGUGGAAGUUUUGGUGAGAGAUGAGAGACUUUGGGAAGAUUGUGACAGAAUUAGUGGAGAGUGAUUGGUUUUGAAUGUGAAGAACGUGUAGAUGAAAGAUUGUAAGAUCUGAGUCUUCCUAACGAAAAGAAACUUGGCGAAAGAUUGAUGCGAAAAGAUGGUGUACGUGAACACUGUAUGAAAUGAUUUGACGUCCAAUAUAAUGUGCUCU